AUGUCCAAGCAGAGACUCAUCGACCGCGACGAGCGAACUCGCAAAAAGCCAAUGCGCAUCCUCGUUCUGGGAAUGUGUCGUACGGGAACAACCACUAUCGCAGUCGCACUCCGUAAACUUGGCUAUACCUCGCAUCAGAUGCGCGAUGUGCUUGCCAAACCUUCUGAACUCGCGCUGUGGGAAGAAGCUGUCAACGUCACCCUGUUACCGCCCCAAGAACGGCCUUCAAAUCAACAGAAGAUGGAACCGUAUGGCAAGGAAGAGUUUGACAAACUAUUGGCCGACUACGAUGUCGUUAUGGAUCUACCCAGUUGUGUGUUCGCAACGGAACUGGUGAAGGCCUACCCACAAGCCAAGGUCAUCCUGACGAAGAGGCGGUACGAAGACUGGGAACAAAGCAUGCAAGACAGUAUAUGGUGUCUUGAUACAUGGCGGCUAUUCACUCUCUGCCGUCAACUCAACAUCACACAGUUGGCCCCAUUAAUGCGACUGGUACAUGCCAUAUUCCAGGUGCACAACGGUAACCAAUACGGUGGCCAGGCAGCGAAAUCGGCAUUCAACCAGCAUUACGACACUGUACGCUCGUUGGUACCUCAAAGUCAAUUACUGGAGCUCGACACUGACGGAGAACUGAAAUGGGAGCCCCUCUGCGAGUUCUUGGGCAAAGCGGUACCGAAGGAGGGUUUUCCGAAAACCAGCGAAGACAAGGCCAUGCGCAAAGGUCUUGAGAAUGCAUGGUGGGGCAUGGUUCAAUACUUUGUCAUGUUGAUCCUUCUUCCGGGGCUUGUCGUGGUUGGAUCCGCCAUGUUGUACACAUAUGCGGAUGAGGUGAGGGCGUAUCGAGAUGGUUGGUUAAUGGUCGCAAAGAAGUACAUGGAAACGGGAGAGUUGUAA